GUCGCUGACAAACUGCGGUUGUGGGUGGUAGGUUUUUGACAGAAAUUUUCUUCGAUUUUUCCUUCCCCGCCAAUUUGUGUGCCGUCGCAUGCGAUAAAUCCGGGUUUUCGCAAUGAGAGCUGAGUAAAGUGAAUACUCGUCAGGUGAAAUAUCGUCCGCGAAAAAGUGAAUCGCGGUUUGUUGAUCGAUCGUUAACAGCAGCAAAAGUAUGUCUAGUGCGCCGCUGUCUAGCGGGUUGAGUAAGCUCAAAAAGAAACAUUUUCGGGUUAAGCACCAAAAAGUUAAGCUUUUCCGAGCAAAUGAGCCGCUUCUCAGCGUUUUCAUGUGGGGUGUCAACCACACGAUAAAUGAACUCAGUCAUGUCAACAUACCGGUGAUGCUCUUACCAGAUGACUUCAGAGCAUACAGCAAAUUAAAAGUUGAUAACCAUCUAUUUAAUAAAGAAAAUAUGCCCUCACAUUUUAAAAUAAAGGAAUACUGUCCACUGGUAUUUCGAAAUUUGCGUGAGAGGUUCGGCAUCGAUGAUUUGGAUUACAAAGAAUCAAUGACAAGAUGUCGAGCAUUUAAUCCUUCACGAGCAAAACGGCAUUCAGGUUUGGCGACUGCUGCUGGAAGGAAUCAUCAUUUGGUACAGCGCUCUGCCACAGUUCCUUCGAUAACAAUAUCCCCUCCUAUUUCUCAAAUUCCAGUUUCAAAUAAGCCGCAGAGAGCCUACAGUUUUAAGCCAAAACGACUGAGAUCGCAACCGACUCUUGAUGAUUCUUCAGGAAAAAGUGGUGCUAAAUUCUAUCAAUCCUACGACAAGCUCUUCAUUAUCAAAACCCUCACGAGCGAGGAAGUUGAAAGGAUGCAUUCCUUUUUGAAACACUAUCAUCCGUACAUAGUGGAGCGACAUGGAAAAACUCUUUUACCGCAGUAUCUCGGUAUGUAUCGACUUACGGUCGAUGGAGUUGAGCAUUACGUUGUUGCGAUCAGGAACGUUUUCUCGAAUCACCUAACUACACACAAGAAGUUUGAUUUGAAAGGAUCGACUGUCGAUAGGGAAGCAUCCGACAAAGAAAAGGAAAAGGACCUCCCCACUUACAAGGACAAUGAUUUUGUCAAAGAUGGAUGCAAGAUCUACAUCGGGGAGGAAGCUAAGGAGAAACUUAUAGAAACUUUAACCGCCGAUGUUGAUUUCUUAACGCGAUUACACUUAAUGGAUUACUCUUUACUGCUCGGUUUGCAUGAUUGUGCGCGAGCUGAACAAGAAAAUCGGGAACGAGCUGAAAGGGAGGAAGACGAAGACAAUCAUGAUGACGAGGACGAUAGUGAAUCUGGAAGUGGUCUUGAUAAUCGGGGUAAUGCCAUGGGAGAUCGACUUUGGGGUUGGGGCGGAAUUAUAGGAAUGGCCACACCUCCAGAGUCUCCACACGCAGCUUUAAUGAGAGAAACGAGUCUACAAUAUGAAGAUGCAAUAAUCCCAGAACUAGAUAUUUACGCCAUUCCAAGUAAAGAAGGUGCGCCUACGAAAGAAAUCUACUUCCUGGCAAUAAUCGACGUCCUAACCCAUUACGGCGUGCGCAAACAGGCAGCGAAGGCAGCAAAAACGGUCAAGUACGGCGCAAAUGUCGAUGGAAUUUCUACCUGUGAUCCCGAACAGUACGGCAAGCGAUUCAUAGAAUUUAUGAGCAAAGCUAUAGAUUAAAUAAAUUUCGUGUUUUCAUGAUCAGAGAGACUCUUGACGUAUAGAGAGGGGGGGGGGGGGACGCAGUUAAACGUCCAGUUCGUUUCGUAGUCACUCUAGUUAUAAUAUUUGGCAAGACUGACUCAACUUUUUCGGUCUGUCCGUUUCUAAUUCACUCUACAUUUUCUUCGAGACUCAACCCUUUAUUCCAAUUCAAAAACUUUAUUCCUAAUCUAACACUUUAUCCAAAAAUGAACACUUUCUCACAUUCAAACACAAACACAUGAAUGACGAUAAAAAAUAUUCUAGGGUAUUACGAAUUAAGGAAAAGAAUUUAUCGAUGUUGUGCGUUAACGUAGUGCUUUCAGGAAGGCCACUGAUCAAUCUAAUUAAGUGACAUGAAUCGAGCACAACAUCUAAUCUAAAAAGUUGUUUGGAUCCUUAUUAAUUUUUGUCUCUUUUCUAAGAGUUUAAAACAAGCAGAGUUAUUCACCGAAUUUCAUUUUAUUAAAAAAAAAAAAAACAGUGUAGCACUGAGUUAAUCAGGCGUUAAGUAUUCUUACCUUUUAUAUAGACCUUGACUUUGAAAAAAAG